AUGGACUCUUUUAGCAGUUCACAGGGGUUUGUAAACCUCUUGACAAGUCAAGAGGAACAGACAUUCUGUUUUUCACAAUCUCAAGACCUUGGAUCACAUGAAGUUCCAAGGUUUAGCAGCCAAGUACCUGAUCAGCGAAAUGUGAAAGAGAGGAGGAAGUGGUCUCCUGUGGAGGAUGUGGCGUUGAUAAGCGCCUGGUUGAACACUUCUAAAGAUCCAAUCAUCAGCAAUGAACAAAAAGUAGAUGCUUUUUGGAAAAGAAUAACCACCUACUUCAACUCUUCUAAACAGCUGGUUAAUGAGCAAGAUAGAGAGUCUGGUCAGCUGAAGCAGAGGUGGCAGAGGAUCAACGACCAUGUCUCCAAGUUUGUAGGCUGUUAUGAAGCUGCAUUGAAGGCUCAAACCAGUGGGCAAAAUGAGAAUGACAUGAUGAAGACAGCUCAGCAAAUUUUUUACAAUGACUCUUCAAAUGGUGGAAAGGGGAAAAGAAGGAAGCUUGGUGAGACUUCAGCUCACUCUUCAAACUCACAAACCCAAGACCAUGGAGAUGAUGUUAGCAUGGCUCGGCCACCUGGUGUAAAAGCUUCCAAGGCUGCAAAAAAGAAAGCGGUUGGUACCUCUGGUGCUAAAGAAGCAGUAAGUGGGCUGAAUGACAUAAAGAGCAUGUAUGAAAUGAAGGAGAGAGACCUUGCCAUGAAGGACAAGAUUACUAACAAAAAAUUGCUUGAUAGUCUUCUGUGUAGAGCUGAGCCACUAUCUGAGAGAGAAGAGGCCUUGAAGACCAAGCUUAUUAAUGAGUUGUUGGCUUAA